AUGAUUUCAACCCGGGACAAGAGGGCCCGCAAAGGCACUUCUAGUGCACAAAUGCAAUCUGGGCAAGACGUGGGGGGCACCAACCUGGGCAAGGCUCAAGACAAAAUCAGCCCGUUCUCCUGCCUGAGGUCUGGUGAUGUCAAUGCUGACGCCAGGCUAGUGUCAGCCCUGCUUUCCCCCAACAGAUAG